CCUGUCGGUGUUUCUGGAUUCGUUCGUGCAUCGCCAUGACUGCCUUUGGGAUGUGACGCAAGCCCUCUGCUACGUUGCCUUUUUUGCAUGGUUUACCAUCUGGAUCCACCAUGCACUCCAGCAAACCACACAGGUAUCUUAAAUCCAAAAAGCACGAUUUAUCUGAAAAUGACUGUGCACCAUCGUAUUUUUUUUUGUUCGCUUGAGAGUAGUAAUAUGAAGAAUAUUAUGAGUCUUUUGAUUUCACCCCUCUUUUUUUCCGAGACUCUCAUUUUACAAAAUUUAUGCCGCUCGACGCCCUUCCAGGCAUAGAAUGGUGGUUGAACGCGGAUAAAUUCACAAAGUGCAUAUUGACAGAGACAUGGCUAUGGUCGCAUCGCCUUUGAAGCCAUGGUCACUCCAGUUGGCGGAGCCGCGUGUGUGCGUUCAGCAAGAGCUUGCGCAGUCGAUGGAAGUUUCUUUUUUUUUUUUACCAAAUUGAAAAACAAGAAAAAGAAAAAGAAAAACACUGCAGAGGAUCUCGAGGAACAGUUUCGUAGGGUAAGCUCUGUAAAAGCUGUUUAUCCUUGCAGUCAGCAUAUUCCGACACAGUACAGAGAGCUUAUACCUUCUCCGUUAGUACAGGAAAGGCUGCUAUAUAAUCCAUCAAAAAGGUGCAGAUGUUUGCUGUCAUUAAUUUUUUUAUAUCUACUUGCUUAUGGCGCUGUUUACUUUGGUUUCUUUUGGGCCUGGGAAUCACCAAAACCUUACACCAGUUCGAAAGUAGACAAGCUGAUAACAAAUAAUGCCGGUGGUUACCCAAGUCAAAGAUAUUUUAAAUUGCCAUUCAACGAUCGAUAUGACGACUGUAUCAUGGCGAAAUUAUCAUCAGAAUGUUUCCCAGAGACGCAUGGUGUUUGUGACAAAAUAGAAGGGGCUCGUCUUUUCAAAUUUAUCAAAAUCAAUGAACCCAGGGACUUGCAUCUUGGCACAGACAGCCCAACAUUUUCUUGGUAUCGAGGGUGCAACCCAGGAAGUCCUAAUAAUGGUCCGGAUUGAGGAGACUUUUUCUUUUCGUUGACAAUACAUAUCAAGUGUUGAAGAUGAGUACGGUAAAUGUGAUCAAUUUCCAAGUUCACAAAUCUGUAGUUUCC